AUGUCCUUCCUAAGCAGCCGUGUGCGCGAUGUUCCUGCUGUCUUUGCUCUCAGUCUCCUGAAUCGACGGAUACUUAAUAUCCCCAAGUCCCCCGUCCUCGUUCUUCUUUUUCUUCUCUUCAUCGACCAUCAACCCAAUGUUGUGAGCAACUCUGCCCUUGCAUUUCGCCAGAUCUUCCUCUACCUCUUUUCACCAUAUCAGCGGCUAACAUGCUUUAUUAAUAGGUCCCCUCGAAACCGCCGCCGCUCCCUCCGCCUCGCCCUCAUCAACGCCUACCGAGCCCAAGCCCAAGCCUACCUCGUCUGCGAGUCUGCCGCCCGUGGCCAAGCCACUUUGGAACAGUGGCAGCGGGCCCUCGCCCGUUGGCAGGAGGCCCAGGCCUGGAUUGUGUGGCUCCGCCGGCAGCAACUGGCCGGCCUUUGA